AACCCUAAACUAAAACCCCAUAUGACAUAUCCCUUCCCCUACAUUCUACAAUUCUCAAAACUCCAUUCCAAUCCCACAAAAUAAGAGAAAACCCAGAUGCUUCUCAAUCGCUCAGCUUCACUGCUUUACCUCCACAGAGUAUCACCUCCUCCUACUAAAUUCUUUUCCCAUUUCAAACACUCAUACUCUCUUCUUCUCUCUAACCCUUCACCUUCACCUUCAGCACUACCGCCAUUACUUCCUUCAUGCCCUUCAUUUUCUUUGCCCAGGGUCAGCUUCUUUUGCCUGAACCCACCUCGCCAAAGACAAGCUAGACCUUUUGCGACUGCCACCGCUUCCGCGGAAAGGAAGGGAACUGACACGUUUUUCGCCGAUGAAGACGUGUCGUGGGCAUCCCUCGGGGUGUCCGAUAAGCUCUCUCGGGCUCUCUAUAGUGCCGGCAUCGAUAGGCCCUCUCUGGUUCAGGCUGCUUGUAUACCAGCUAUACUUUCAGGAAAGGAUGUGGUUGUGGCUGCAGAGACUGGUAGUGGUAAAACACAUGGAUAUUUGAUUCCCCUGAUUAAUAGGCUCUGCUCUGCACAUGAUGAUUCUGUAAAUACUGUUUCUGAUCAAGAAUCAAUCCAAUCCCAAAGGAUUUUUCUUGUUCUUUGCCCAAAUGUGCUGCUGUGUGAGCAAGUGGUGCGGAUGGCAAAUGGUCUUUGUGGUGAUGAUGGUAAACCGCUUCUUAGAGUUGCAGCUGUCUGUGGUGGGCAGGGAUGGCCAGUUCAUAAGCCUGAUAUUCUUGUGUCGACACCAGCUGCUCUACUUAAUAAUAUUGAUCCAGACAAACGCCGUUGUUUGGAGUUUAUGCGUGGUGUAAAAUAUGUGGUGUUAGAUGAAGCAGAUAUGCUUCUUAGUGGGGGCUUCCAGAAUAAAGUUAUUCGUCUAUUAAACAUGCUCCGCUUUGAUGAAAAGCUGUUGUCUCGAUCAAAAGAAUCUGUAUCUGAGUUGCCAGUGGAAUUGGAGUCUGAACCUUCAUCACACUUUACUUUAGAUGAUAAGGAGGAUCUACAAACUGACAUCAUAUCAGAAGGGGAGGAAAAUUAUGAGGAUGUUCAUGUUGAUGACUUAGCAGAGGAAGUUGAAGCUGGGUCUAGUAAAAGAAAAGACUGGAGGAGAGUGAGAAAAACUUAUGAGCGCAGUAAACAGUACGUUUUUGUUGCAGCCACCCUUCCAGUAAAUGGAAAGAAAACUGCUGGGCAAGUGUUGAAACAGAUGUUUCCAAAUGCCAAUUGGGUCAGUGGAAACUACCUCCAUUGUCACAACCCCAGAUUGAAGCAGAGGUGGAUUGAAGUUACAACUGAGACUCAGGUGGAUGAACUCAUAAAUGCUGUGAAACAGGGUUUUAAAUCUAAAGCUACUGAAUGCCGAACUAUGGUGUUUGCAAACACUGUUGAGGCUGCAGAAGCAGUGGCAAAUAUAUUGUUGAAAGCUAACUUUCACUGUUACCGAUACCAUAAGGAUGUCUCCUUGGAGGAACGUUCUCAGAGCUUAGCUGAUCUCAAAGAGAAAGGUGGUAUUCUUGUGUGCACUGAUGCUGCUGCACGUGGUGUUGACAUACCAAAUGUCUCACAUGUUAUUCAGGCAGACUUUGCUACUUCUGCGGUAGAUUUUUUGCAUAGGGUUGGUCGCAGUGGUAGAGCUGGACAGUUUGGACUUGUCACUAGCCUGUACUCUGAAUCCAACCGGGAUCUGGUUGCUGCAGUUCGUCAAGCAGAGGAACUUGGUCAGCCUGUGGAGACGGCAUUUAGCAGGAAAAGAAGCUUCCGAAACAAGCUUAAGAAGAAAGGUUUGACAAAAGUCAGAGACUUGUCAAUUGUUGAAGAGAGUGUGUUCUAGCAUAAAAUGAUUAGAUUGUGAGGAACUUGGUAUGUAAGGAAGCAUAACUUGUCUUUAUUUAUUCAAACGAAUCCUAUCAAUGUAAAUGGUAUUCUAUUGAUCUCUUUGAAUUAGAUAUGAUCUAAUUAAUACAUAGGCCACAAAGUGAUAUCUCUCUCUCCAAA